UUAGGGUGUGAGGCCAUGAGCAUGUCGUCCUCCAUUCCCUUGCCCAACAGGACGUAUGCGCCAUUGCAGCUGGACCUAUCCAGCGCGAAUAUCACAGUGAAGAAUCGCAGGCUCAGCAUUGUCCAGCCCAAAGACGAGGAUCAAGUCUUGGAUAUGUACAUUGGACAGGAGAAGGAUCCUUACUGGUGCCGAGUCUGGCCAUCGUCUAUGGCUCUCGCUGAAGAGAUUUUUUGUCAUCCAGAGCUCGUGGCUCAUCGCAAAGUUUGUGAUCUCGGGGCUGGCCUAGGCUUGGCUGGUCUUGCCGCGGCAUUUGCUGGUGCGAAAGAAGUCGUGUUGCUGGAUCAAGAGCCACUGGCGUUGCUAUGCUCUCUCUUGAGCUUCCAUGCAAACUUUCCAGGAAUCACGACGAAUGUGGCGAGCUUUGGAGAGCUCUUGGGUUCUUCCUUGGAUGGUUUGCUAGCGAAAGCCAGUUCAGAAGCUCCAGAAGCUCCGAAAACGCCUGUGCUUGUGACUGCGGAGCUCUUCGAUUGGACAGAGGACAGGGAUCUUUCGAGAUACGAAUUCGACACGGUUUUAGCUUGCGACUUACUCUACAUGAAAUCUUCGCCGGCUCGUCUCGCAAAGAUUGCUCCACAGCUGCUAAAGAAGGGACGAAAAGCGAGGUUACUCUUAACGGAUCCAGUGGAGAGGACCCCUGGCCACCGAGACGAGUUUCUCAGGCUUCUUCAAUCCACACAGCUCAAGGUGGUGGACCAGUCCAGGAGAGAACCCGAAAUGGAUGCAAAGGUGCAUCAAAUUGAGCUUCUAUCAUGCGAAACGCAAGCGUGAGGUAGACAAAAGUUCCUUUCUUUUUCUCUUGAGCAAGAAGAAGAAGAAGAAGAAGAAGGAACUAAUCGCUCUUACGUAUCUGCUAGAAGUUUACAGCGGAGGAAUGUGAGCCAGCAAAAGAAUUCCUCCGUUUGGCGGAGCCAGAUCCCGAUGA